AGGCGGGCGGGUGCCCGCAAGGGACAAGUUGACAGCAAACAAGAGGCGGCUCAUUCAUUUCCCCGGCAGCAGGCAUGCUUCGCAGGGACACCGACACCCUUCCCGCCGGGCGGCCGGAGCCGUGCCCGGCUCCGCCCGUCCCGCUGCUGAACUUUCCCCGCUCGGCGCCGCCAUGGCUGCUGCUCCGCCGUUGCCGCCGCUGCUGACGGACGGACGCCGGCAUGCAAAUACGUACUCUGACGUCGGCGAUCAUGUGGCUUUUGGCGUAGAUCCUCCUUGUGAUCGCCAAUUUUUUUUUUUUUCCUCCUCUUCCCCUGUUCGCCUGUUGUGUCUCCUCGGUUAUCGGGAGCGGGAGUCGGGAGGCGGAUUUGGUGGUGAUUCGUGCACCGGGACGGACCCCCGGCUUGGACCCCCAGGACCCCCCGCAGCGCCGGGCCAGGUGAGACGCCGUUAAAACUCUCCCGUGCUGCAUCCUGUCAUGAAGUUCCAGGAGUUCAGCCAGAGCUGGAGCGGACGCUGUCGGCGAGCCCAGCCAACGUAACACGACCACCAAACCUUCACCACUGACAGCCUGGUUUUCUCUGUAGCCACUAAUCUUAUCUCAGUUCUUUGGACCUUUUUUGGCUACGGAGUCCAAUCCCAGAAUCCCUGAGCUCUCCCAAAUAAAGCCUCGUCCUGUAUUUGCAGUCAGUCCCCCUGGUUGUACUUCUGGACCUCAGGGCUAUUUUCUAAAUAGUCCUGCGCCCUGGACCCUGAUCCACGGCAAAAGCCUCAAUAACCACAUCUCUGGCCAGGUAAAGGCACCAAGAGAGGGACGCUGUCCUCCGGGACAAACCCAGGAACCACCAUCAUGUCCAGUCGACGCAAGGCCUCUACUCCCUGUAUGAUCCGACCGGAGAGGACCGCGGUGGAGCUCGACGACGACGAGGAAGAAUCGCAUAACAUGGAGACCACACCAGAGAACCAUAUUCAGGAGCAGCCUUUAAAUACAGACCAAGUUGGACCAGCAGAGCCGUCCAUGGACUUGGAUCAGAGCAACAAAGCUUCAGACACCCCCAAGGCUCCUGAUAAACCAGCAGCCGACCCGCCGGAGUCCAAACCUCAGCGGAAACAGCAGGGAGGGUAUGAAUGCAAAUACUGCACCUUUUCCACACAGAAUCUCAACACUUUCAAAGAGCAUGUGGACGCCAACCAUCCAAAUGUCAUCCUCAACCCCCUGUACCUGUGCGCUGUCUGUAACUUCAACACUAAGAAGUUUGACACCCUGACAGAGCACAAUGAGAGGUGUCACCCAGGGGAGAGCAACUUUAAAUUCAAACGCAUCAAAAUGAACAAUCAGACAAUCUUGGAACAGACAAUAGAGGGCUGCAACAAUGCAGUCAUUUACAACACGUCAGGUACCACGACUGGCAAAGGGGACGCACCGGCGGCGGCGCUGCUGAGCAAACCCACCUCGGUCAAAAUUGGAAAACCAAAAAUGAUGUCGACGGAUAAACGGACAGAAUCUCAUCUGGGUAAACUGACCCUGGAUCUCGCCAACAAACCAAUCACAGCUGUCAAUGUGAACGGGACUGUCAUCAUCCCGGAGUCGACGCUCCUCAAAGCAGGCGGCCUUUCUCACAUCAUGCCUUCCUUACAGCAGCCGCUGAACUAUACCCAGGUGCCCAAGAUUGCAGUGCCCCUCAACACGACGAAAUACAACCCCCAUCUGGACGAUAACCUGUCGCUCAUCUACUCCUUCAACAACUUCCCCUACCCAACACAGGCAGAGCUGUCCUGGCUCACCGCAGCAUCCAAGCACCCGGAGGAGCAGAUCAAAGUCUGGUUCACCACCCAGAGGCUCAAACAGGGCAUCAGCUGGUCGCCUGAAGAGGUGGAAGAAGCCAGAAAGAAAAUGUUCAACGGCACAAUCUCCACUGUGCCUCCAACUUUGAAGGUGGUUGGUCCACAGCUCAACUCCCACUCAUCCACAAACCAGCCUGUCCACUCCGCAGCCUCUAAACUGCCGUCGGCUCCCGUCCUCCACCCCGUCCCCUGUCAGCUUCUGGGACAAACCAGCCUCGUGCUGACUCCCGUAGCCAACGGCUCUACCGUCACCUGUGCACCGCUGGCACUCACAGUGGCUAACCAGGUGCUCACGACCGUGGCGCAGUCACUCAAACGACCCCUGGCCUCCCCCAUAAUCGCCACGGAGAGUAAACGGCCCUCCAUCAUUCAGAACAUCUCCGUUCCCAUGGCCACGUCCAAGCUGGCAUCGCCCAAAGUGCUGAGUUUCACAGUGGACCCCAAUAAAACAGCAGAGCAGCUGUCGGUGCUGAGGUCCAGCUACACCGGGUGCCCUUUUCCCGAGGAGGACGAAAUCUACAGGCUGAUAGAAACCACCGGCCUGUCCAGAGGAGAGAUAAAGAAGUGGUUCAGUGAACAGAGGCUCCUCAAUCUCAAAAGUGUUCCUCCACCUCCCACACUGGUGAAGGCAGAAGUGACGCCGCCGGUGAAGGACGGGGCUGUCAGGAAAGCGGUGCCUAACCAGUUUCCCCUGCUGGAGAGGGUGAAGGGGAAGUCGUCGGAGCAGCUCAAGGCCAUGGAGGAGAGUUUCCAGAGAAGCAGCUCUCCAACUGGAGAAGAGCUCGACCAGCUGGCCCAGGAGACCAGGCUGUCCAAAACAGAGGUGGACUGCUGGUUUUCCGAGCGCAGGGCUCUGAGGGACAACAUGGAGAAGGUUUUACUCACCAUGAACUCCAAGAGUGCAGACGACAGGCCGGAGCGGGCCGGAGCCCCCCUGCUGAACGGGGCGUCUCACCGAGAGCAGGACGGGAAGCCUCCACGCUCCCCUCCUCCCCCACCGUCCUCCGAUUCCUCUUCUUCUUCCUCCUCUUCCUCUCCUCCUGUUCUCGCAGCCUCCUCCUCCCCCCAGCUGCCAACUCAUUCAUCCUCAACAUCUCCUCCCAUUCUCACCUCUUCCCGCUCUUCUCCACAUCCUCCCAUCAUGUCAGCCUCCACGAGCCCUGCAGCUAUCUCUAGCCACUCGCUGACCCUGCUCAGAGAGAUGUUCUGCCGGACCCAGUGGCCUUCUCCCGAGGAGUACAGCCAGCUGGAAGUCCAGACAAGCAUGGGACGCACCGACAUCGUCCGCUGGUUCAAGGACCACCGCUCGGCUCUGAAGAACGGGGAAAAUCUGGGCUGGAUGGACGGUUUCCAAAACCAAAACGCUGCAGAGAAGGAGAAGGCGGGCCAGGGCCGGGAUCAGGACACGCAGAGUACUGAGAUAAAGCCAAGCAUUUCCUUGGAAGAGAAGGCGGAGGAGGCUGGUGGGAACGUAGAAGCUGCAGAGAACUCCAAACCGUCUGAGCAAAACCAAGUCCAGUGGUUAAGUGAGAGACUGGACCAGAGCAGGACCAGGCAGGACCAGACCAGCACUAAUGAUGCUGAAAAUGGGAGGUGGGUAAAGGUGACGGUGGAUGUCGGGGAGGAAAGUGAAGAAGUAGCGGACACGCCGAAGCUGACAACGGACACGGAAGUUCCCACUAUGGAGCAUCCUGGGAGGGUGACGGGUUGAUGGUGCAGUUAGUGUGGACUGCUGAGUCAUCAGCCACCAUGACACGACGGGCCGUAGGAACCAGUGACGCAUCAUCCUAUGAUGUCAUCAGCAAGCACCAGGGACUGUAGUGCUCCAGCGUUGAAGCACUGGUGUGAAGUGCAGAUGCUGACAAUAGGAGUGCCAAAGCAGGACUGAAUAUUAUUCUUUGACAUAUAUAUAUAUAUUUUCUUUUUAAGGAAAAGCCCCUGUAAAUAUUUUUCUGUAUUACCAAAAUGGUUUGUACAGUUUUACUAGGACGAUUUGUUACUUUUUAUUUCAAGUCUGAAUGUUAGCCCAAAUCUGGAAUGUUUCUGUUCUCUUUUUUUAAGUUUAAGAUCAAACUGUACUAUUUGCUGAAAGUCUAUUUGCUGAAAAAUCUUUUUUUAUUUUUGUGAAAAGGAUUUGUGUAUUUUACUUAGUAUGAUGGCACUUGCGUAUUUCCGUUUGUUAGCGAUAGAUACUUAAAAGCACUCUCAGACUUACGACGACGAAGGUGUUAAUGACUCAGCCGUGCUUGAAAGAA